AGCCUUCAGCUCGAGCCUCGAGAGAGGCGAAGGCCCUGGGGUCCGCGCCAGUUCCGCGCCGGCCUUCUGCCUCGUCACGCGCCGAAGCCAUGUUGGCAGCGGCGGCGGUGAUGCAGGAGAACAACUUCGAGGUGCAGGUCCCCCAUGUGGAUGUGGAGGAGCGUGAGGACCGGAGCCGAACACCGUCCAAGAACACCCCAGACUUCAAGGAGCUCUUGGAGCAACUGGCGGCCCAGCACGAGCGGGAGCUGCAGAUCUGGCAGGAGCGAGUGGAGAAGCUGCAGGACCAAGCCGAAAGAAGGCACAUGAGGCACACGCGCAUGAACAUGGAUGACCGUAGGUUGAGGUCAACCAUCGACUUUGAUGAAGAGAGAGGGAGGUCAAGCGAAGAGGAGCUGGUUCCAUUGGAGAGGCCUGAUGCUGAUACGGCCUUGAGUUCAGCAGCAGCGGAGCCAUGGAAGAGGUUUUCCUCACCAUCUCCUCAUACUCGGUCGAGGACAGAUACCUCGGCCUGCGCAGAGGACGACACACUGAGGCGGAGCUUUCGGACCCGGGAGAUAUGGAUGCGACAUACUUUCAGCAAGGGUGGCGCACCGUCGUUGCUGAGAUCAAACUCGAUGUCUCAGUUGGAGAGAAAGUCCAACGCGAUGCCUGACGAGAUACCAGAAAAUGGCACGGCGCAGAACUUCAUGCGCCACAUCAUUGGGAACCCCACCAGCCCCAACCGGAUGAUUUGGGACGCCGUCGGGGGCGUCACAAUCCUAUACGACAUUGUGACUUUGCCACUGAUGGUUUUCAACCUGGAGGGUCCAUUCAUGGACACGCUGGGGCUGAUUAUUUUGGUGUACUGGACUCUGAAUGUUGUCAAUCAGCUGACCUGUGGGUAUUUGCGCAAUGGCGUGGCCGUCAUGAGCCCUCGGCAGAUCGUCUACAGGUACAUGACAAGAACUGUCUUUGUGGACCUUGUCACACUAGCACCGGAUUGGACGGUGACGAUCAUGCAGCUGAGCAGCACCAGCCAGAACUUCCAAGAAGCUCGGCUGUUGCGCGCCCUGCGGGCCUUCCGGCUCACCAGACUGGUGCGAAUCGUCAAGCUGCGGUGGCUCAUGGAGGUUGUCAGGGAUUACCUCGACUCAGAGUAUGCCAGCAUCAUGUUUGAGAUCUCCAAGAUGAUGUGCUUGCUGCUGGUCAUCAACCAUGUCCUUGCCUGUGCAUGGUUUGCCCUGUCGCUGGUCAGCAUCGAACUGGGUUGGACCUCCUGGAGCUCCACCAACGUUUUGGACUACAACGACACCUGGUGGCUGUACGACUACCUCACGUGUUUGCACUGGAGCUUGUGCCAGUUCACUCCAGCGUCCAUGGAGGUCCAGCCUGCGAAUCCGGCGGAGCGAGGCUUCGCGACCCUGACGGUCCUUUUCGCGCUGAUCGUGUUCUCUUACAUUGUGGGUAGUAUCACCGGCUCCUUGACGCAGCUUCGAAUGAUGUCUGAGACCAUCACCCGAGAGACGCUAAAGCUUCGGCGCUUCUUGCGUCGCAACGCGGUGCCUAUCGGGCUGUCGCUGCGCAUCCGCCGCUUCGUGGAGUUUGAGUUGAAGCACCGGCAGCUGCCAGUCAACCAACAGAGCGUGGGCUGCCUAAACGUUUUGUCUGAUCAGCUGCAGUCUGAGCUUGGCUUUGCGUUGGUGCAGCCCACGCUGACAUCUCAUCCACUCUUCGACGUCCUCAUGAAAUCAAACGGCGGCUGCGCGCUGCUUGAAAGAGCCAGCCAGGCUUUCCACAAGAAGACGCUGGCCUUGGAUGAUUGGGAGUUCUUGCCGGGCACGCCCUGCGACGCCAUUCGCUACCUUCUGAGUGGAGAGCUGCGAUAUGUGAAGGGAGCCGGGAGCACCCGAGAGGAGACCAGCGUCGAAGCAGGUCAGCAGCGCUGGAUUUCUGAAGCGGUCCUUUGGAUCAGCGAUUGGGAAUAUGUUGGAGAGAUGUCGGCAGCCAGCGAGUCGAACCUGCUGAUCAUCAGUCCAAAGUGCAUUCUGAACUGGGUGGACAAGUACCCAGCCACGCACAAGCUCCUGAGAACCUAUGCCAACGACUUUGUACUCUGGCUACGCGGUUUGUCUCCUGAGGACAUGUCAGAUGUGCUGGAGCCUAUCAUUGCGAAUACCCUUCUCGGGCUGCAAGGACGUCGGAAGGCCUCUGCACUCUCUGCACCUUGGUAGUCUCGGCCGAGGGCCCGGGGGCCCCCGCCCCGGCAGACUGUUCAGCACCAGCAGUCGGGGCUGGGGUCUUGCGUUGAUUGAAGCACAUGGAGCGUAGCCCAGAAGUUGAAUUUCCUCAAGGCACCGCACGGGGUA